ACUGUGUAACUCACGCAGGCUUGACUUUACUGAAGAAUGACCAGCGAAACGCCGCAUGAGAAUAGAACAUUUACGUCGUGAACGACUUUCUUUUCCACCCAAAGCACAUCUGUUGCCGCUCCAUGAUAUGUGUUGUAUGAAUAUGUGAACGCCAGCGCUGUUUCUGCUAUCCAAACUAGGCUACAGGGUUCUCAUCACAGCUGACCGGUCAUCCUAGAUGAAUAUAGCCUCUCUGCACUUUUCGUUCACUCGGUUAAUAGGCAACCCGAAAGCCUCGAAACGUUGACCUGCAAUGUUCUUCAUCAAGUUGCCGAGUAUUAUCUUCUCAUACUCCCAUCCAGGGUUUCUGCAGGGUUCGCGCCAACACGCUUAGCCACAUCCGAUAUGACAGACUAACGGAAUGUCAUGAUAUCCCCUUUAAUUCCAUCAUCAACACCGCAUGGCAUAUUCCUUUGCGAACUCUCCACGCACAUUCAUAUAAGUACACCCUCAUGAAUCCUGGUCUUUCAUCGCAGUCUCUCAUCUGCUGGUGUCCGUCUGUGGCAGGAUGUCGAGAAAUGGCAUACCCGAGAAAAAUGGCGAGCAUUCGGUGUACACAGAUGCCGUAGUCAAUGAUUCUACGUAUACCCUGAAGCCAAGUCUUCAACGCCAGAUGAAGAAUCGACAUAUUGCCAUGAUCAGUAUUGGAGGUGUCAUCGGUACCGGUCUCUUCCUAGGUACUGCGGCUGGUUUGCAAACUGGCGGGCCUGUAGGGUUACUCCUUGCAUAUGCCUUGGUUGGGUCGAUUUGUUAUGCUGUUAUGGUCACUUUGGGAGAGAUGGUAGCCUUUCUUCCUCUGCCCGGAGGCCAUAUCACUUUAGCAGAACGUUUCGUGGAUCCCGCUUUCUCCUUCGCCCUUGGAUGGAACUACUGGUAUAAUUGGACUGUCAUUCUUCCCGCCGAAAUAAGUGCAGCUGCCGUGAUCGUCAACUUUUGGGAUAAGAGUGUGAACAAUGCUGUAUGGAUCACGGUCUUUCUGAUCGUAGUUAUCCUCAUCAAUAUACUUGGAGCCGGUGCAUACGGCGAAGCUGAAUUUGUCUUUGCUUCCAUCAAAGUGAUCACAAUAAUUGGGUUAAUCAUCCUCGGAAUCGUGCUCGACCUUGGAGGCGGACCAAAUCAUGAUCGUAUCGGAUUCAGGUAUUGGAAGAACCCCGGUCCUUUCACUCAGUACCAUGGUAUCGCAGGCGCAAAAGGACGUUUCCUCGCAUUCGCUGCAUCACUCACUCAAGCAGCCUUUUCGUUCAUCGGGACUGAGAUUGUCGCCAUUGCCGGAGCCGAAGCUAAGAACCCUCGGAGAAACAUUCCGAAAGCUAUCAAGAGGGUAUACAUCCGAAUCUUGCUGUUUUACAUUGGGGGAGUCGCUGUCAUUGGUUUGCUUGUUCCAUAUACAGAACCCGACUUGGCUCUCAAAACAUCUGAUGCGGCCAAAUCGCCUUUCGUAAUCGCCAUUAGGAAUGCAGGAAUCACAGGUUUGCCCUCAGUGAUCAACGCGGCCUUGCUGACAUCUGCAUGGUCCGCAGCUUCAAGUGAUCUGUACAGCAGCUCUCGCGCCAUCUAUGGUUUAGCUGCUAAUGGAAAUGCGCCGAAGAUUUUUCUGAGGGUCACAAAACACGGACUUCCAUACGUCGCAGUGAUCUUCCAGUCCUUGUUUGGACUUCUCGCGUUCAUGGGCUUGAAAGAGGGAUCUGGGCGAGUGUUUGGCUGGUUUGGGAACAUGACUGCAAUUGCCGGGUUGAUGAGCUGGUUCGGCAUCUCUGUUACUUACUUGCGAUUCCGAAAAGGUCUCAAGGCGCAGGGAAUAGAGCGUAAAUCUCUUCCAUACGUCGGGAUCGGACAGCCUUUCCUUGCAUGGUAUGGUGCUAUAGUGUCUCUCUUCAUCUGUAUCAUCAGUGGAUGGACCAAUUUCAUCAAGGGUAAUUGGGCCACCGACCAGUUCGUUACGAAUUAUCUUCCGCUAUGGCUAUUCCCUUUCCUUUACUUGGGUGCUCGACUAUGGAAGCGAUCCUCGUUUGUCACACCAGAACGAAUGGACUUCAAAACCGGCUUGGCGGAGAUCGAAGCAGCAAGCUAUGACGAGCCCCCACCAAGGAACUGGGUGGAGAAAUGGUGGGACUGGCUGAUGUAAUAGUGGUAAGACUCUCAUACUGUAUUGUCAAUGCAUGAAUAGUGUCUGUAGUUUCUGUUGGCAUAGUCUAGAGCUGACUCGCUAGGACGUACAAGGAUGGCAUAUCUGCAUGUUGUGCAUAGCGAAUGAUAGAUGCGUAACAAACAAAUUUGAAGAUGCGAAUAUACGAUGAACGAAUCC